GGCAGCCGCUCAGGUGACAGAAAAGAAAGAGAACUCUCAGGUAGAGAAAUAAAGAGAGAGAGGGGACAGAGGGAGACAGAGGGGGAGGAGAGGACAGCAGUUAGGGAUACAAAGGAGGAGGGGCAGAGACAAAGGAAAAGUAGGCUGUAAACAAAUGAACUGAGGCUGAACAGGGACACACCUGGAGUCAAGUAAAAGCUGCUGAAGGCCGGACGGGCAACUGAAAUAGCCAGAGAGGUCUCUGCGUUCCUGGGACAGAUACUUAAACAACAUUGCAACUGUGGCAAGAGAAAAUGGAGGCAUGUGACAACGGCAACAUCACACGUUGAGAAAGACAAACAAAAGCUCACGGAGAAAUACAAGAGAGGAGAGAGUCACCAGGAGUGAAAGUAAGAAAAGCUCCACAGAGAAACUUAAAAACAUCAGAACACUUUUCACCAGUCUGUGAGGAUUUCUCAAGCAGCCUCAGAGAUCUCUUUACCACCUCUGCAUCAUGGCCUCUAUGGGGAUACAGAUGCUUGCCAGUGCCCUGUGCCUCGCGGGGUGGGCAGGGGUCAUCAUCAGCUGUAUACUGCCCAUGUGGCGGGUCACGGCCUUCGUGGGAAGCACCAUCGUCACCUCCCAGACCAUCUGGGAGGGGAUCUGGAUGACCUGUGUGGUCCAGAGCACAGGGCAGCUCCAGUGUAAACCUUAUGAGUCUCUCCUUGCUCUCAGCGCAGACUUGCAGGCUGCCAGGGCACUCAUCGUCCUCGCCAUUACUACGGGUAGCAUAGGCCUCAUUUUGGCCUUUGUUGGAGGGAAGUGCACUCGCUUCUUGGAUGAAGAAGGAGGUGGGGUUAAGGGCAAGGUGGCUGUAGCAGCAGGGGCAGUUUUGAUUGUCACAGGGCUGCUGUGUUUGAUUCCCACCUCGUGGGCAGCUGGGGCCGUGGUGAGGAAGUUCUACAGUGCCUCUAUAGAUGCUCAGCGCAGGGAGAUUGGAGCCUGCCUCUACAUCGGCUGGGGAGCAUCCAUCCUGCUUAUUCUGGGAGGGGGUCUGUUCAUCAGCUCAGCAUGCCCCCUCAAAGCCCACGACGCAGACAAGAGCCCCUCUGUCCGCUACCUGGUGGUCCGCUCCUCCAACGGGUCCCAGCAGACUGGUUCUCAGCGCAGCAGAGCAACAGCUCAGCCUGUUGGAGCGGUGUUUCCCAGGUCUCAGAGCUACAAUGGGGCAUCGACAAAGCCCCCGCUGUACACAAGGCCUCCCUGGGAGGAUGGGUCCGAGCAGAACUCGAGGCUUGAGUCAGAGACAUCAUGGGCACCAUCAACGAAGUCUCAAUUGAAAAGGCCGGAGUCGACAAAGUCUGAAUACAGUGAGGCACCGUCUACAAAGUCUCAGCUCAAACGAGCAGAGAUGGAAGAGACUUUAUCAGUCAAGAGUGACAAUGAGGACGUGUCCACAAAUCCAGCAAGAACAUACCUAUAAAAUGGACACACACACACACAUAUACACACACAAAUGCAGAGCACAUAUAUACUUACUUAUGUUUACACACACAAUAGAAGUCUUUCAUACUAAGAGUUAUUUAGAAAUAGUAGUUCAAUUAUUUUGUGACUGUUUACAUGCAAACUAGUUCAUGGUUUUUAACUACAGUUAUCCUCAUACUUUACCAUGUUGCUUUGAUAGAAGGACAGAAGGGAAAAGGUUUGGUCUACAUUCGUUAAUAUGAAGGAGAAUAACAGCUUAAGUUGAGUUUAAGACCAAAUACAGUGACAAAAUCAAUCCUGGUGCAAAUGAAGUAUGCUAUCUUUGUCAUCGUUUUAAGAAAUGGACUUCUACAUCACUGACAUUUGUUUUGGCAUGUUAUGUUCGACCUGUUAAUGUGGAGCAUUACACUGGUAUCAACUGUUUUUCAUUCUCACUGUUUAAAUGCACUGAAUGAGGAUGAUUCCGUCCGCAGUACAAAUUUUACCUCAAACUUAUUGGCUUGUUUGUUUCUGCUGGAUGUACAGCAACCUGAAUGCAACAAAUUUGAGCCUAUUUUCCAUCAUUACAUUAACUUGAUACUAAGGAAUUUUAUAUUCAAGCAUGUGUGCUCGUUUGAUGAGCUCUACAGAUUUUUGUCACAACUGUGAAAUGAGAUUUUAUGUUUAUUUUGAUGUACAGAUUUUAUUGGUGAAUAUCUGCGUACCUACUUCUUAAUAAAUGACUGUAAUAAUCGAGCCAGUCUUUUUCACUGAUCUAAAUGUUUUAAACAUGUUAACAUGUCACACAUGACCUGAAAAGAACCUUUGCUCUAUAGUUUACAGCAUCCCCCUGGACUUUCAGUCCUCUCUCUGGCUAUUAAAAUCUACAGGACAAACUGGUUUGACAGAGAGUGUGUUGACAGCGCAGGUGUGCAGGGUUAGAGGAGGGAGGCACAGUGUGUUUGUGGAGGAUUCAGACUCUGUCUUUUAAUCAGGUUUAUGAAACAUCUGUUGUUGGGGAUUUGUAAAUUCUAAUGUGCAGCAGCAUUCAUAUCUAGUCAUAAUCUCACCCUGACAGUUGUCUUAAACACAUAAGUUUUACUUAAAAGACUACUUUGUGUUUUGGAGAGAUUGACAUAAACUCCUAAAAUUGUAUCUACAUACAUGAGCAGGUUAUUUAAAAAUAAAACUACAUGGAAGAAAGCUAAAAUGUUUAAAAUAAAGUUCUGUAGUUCUGAUCCACUAGUAGGCCACUUAUCAGGACUGAUGUUCAUGCUUGUCUCAUAGCACUGUAAAAACACUGCCAUCUCGUGGUUAGUGGUGCACACAAAAACAUUAGACCCUGUCAGAUCAAAAAUAUACUGCACCAAAUUGUUGAAUAAUUCAAUAAAUCUCCAUCUAUCUGUCCCCAACAUACUAAGAGAGAUUUGUAGUGAUCCAGUGGGAAAAAUCUGAUUAUAUUUAACAUCAAAGGCAUUUCUGUUUGCCAAAAAGACAGCUACAGCAUCUUAUGUUAUUUGCAUGUAUUAUCACACAACACCAGCACAAUUUGCUUUUGAACUUUGCUGACAGGACACAAGAGUACAUGUGUACAUUUGUCUUGCAGGUCUGCUAUUUCUAUAAGUAGUGUUGAGUUAUUUGAUUUGUGUAUCUUAAUAUUGCUUUUUGCAAGUCUGGUGUCCAAAGACUUUUUAUUUAUUGUUGAUCAUUUAUGCAGGGGGUGUCUCUUUUCUGGUUAAUUAAAACUAGCUGAUAAUUAGUUGUAUGUACAGGCUGUGAAGUGCUAUCUAUAGAGAUUGAAUGUACUGUUGGUUUGGAGAGUCGUGUUGCUGAUGUUAUUCCACUAGCACACGUAACCGAGUGAUGCCACUCAACAGUAGGCCUAAUUUUACUUAAGUACAAUAUUCUAGUACUUUUUUUCACCUCUGCAAAGAACAGAGAAACUCAGAUUAAUACACACAGAGGAACUGUGACUUCACUCUCUGCUUAGAACACCAUUGAUCCACUGUAUCUGUACAUAGUUGUUCCUUGUUUUGUAUUUUGAUGUAUUGAUGAUCAAAUAUUUAUUUUUUUAACAUGAUUUUUUGAUGUAUUAGUGCACAUCUUUGACUAGAAAGAUGUCUGUAAGAUCACUGAUUGCCUAUAAAAAUGAUUAAACAUA